GCCAUGCCAGCUGUCCAGCUGCUGCUCCUGGCCUGUGUGGCAUGGAGUGCCGGGGCCAGGGCAGCCCAGCUCCGCAAGGCCAAUGACCGGAGCGGCCGAUGCCAGUACACCUUCAGUGUGGCCAGUCCCCACGAGUCCAGCUGCCCUGAGCCAGGCCAGGCCAUGUCAGCCAUCCAGGACCUGCAGAGAGACAGCAGCGCCCAGCGUGCCGACCUGGAGGCUGCCAAGGUCCGCCUCAACUCUCUGGAGAACUUGCUCCAGCAACUGACACGGGCCCAGCCUGCUGGAAUCCAGGACCCUGCCCAAGAGAUGCAGAGGGAACUGGGCACCCUGCGGAGCGAGCACGACCAGCUGGAGACGGCCCAUAGCAACCUCCUGCGUGACAAGUCUGUUCUGGAGGAAGAGAAGAGGCACCUGAGGCAGGAGAAUGAGGACCUGGUCAGGAGGCUGGAAACCAGCAGGCAGGAGGUGGCAAGCCUGAGAAGGAGCCAGUGCCCCCAGGCGCGAGAUGCCUCUCAGGACACACCACAAGGCUCCAAGGAAGUAUCUAAAUGGAAUUUGGGCUUCCAAGAACUGAAGUCAGAAUUAACGGAGGUUUCUGCUUCUCGGAUCCCGCAGGAGCAUCCAUCCGGUCGCCUCAGGAAUGAAGAGAGAAACUCUGGAUGCGGAGAGCUGGUUUGGAUAGGAGAGCCUGUCACCGUGAGAACAGCUGAAGCGAUCAAUGGCAAGUAUGGCGUGUGGAUGCGAGACCCCAAGCCCCCCUACCCUUACACGCAGGAGACGACAUGGAGAGUCGACACGGUGGGCACCGACAUCCGCCAGGUUUUGGAGUACGACCGCAUCAGCCAGUUCGUGCGGGGCCACCCUUCCAAGGUGCACGUGCUGCCCACGCCCCUGGAGAGCACGGGCGCGGCGGUGCUGGCGGGCAGCCUCUACUUCCAGGGGGCCGGCUCCCGGGCCGUGAUCAGGUACGAGCUGAACACCGAGACCGUGCGGGCCCAGAAGGAGCUCCCUGGAGCCGGCUACCACGGGCAGUUCCCAUACUCCUGGGGCGGCUACACAGACAUUGACCUGGCGGUGGAUGAGUCGGGUCUCUGGGCCAUCUACAGCACCGAGGCUGCCAAAGGCGCCAUUGUCCUUUCCAAGCUGAACCCCGAGAGCCUGGAACUGCAGCAGAGCUGGGAGACGAACAUCCGCAAGCAGUCGGUGGCCAACGCCUUCGUCAUCUGCGGCACCUUGUACACCGUCAGCAGCUACUCGUCAGCUGACGCCACGGUCAACUUUGCCUAUGACACGGGCUCGGGCGGCAGCAAGGCCCUGCGCAUCCCGUUCAAGAACCAGUACCAGUACAGCAGCAUGGUCGACUACAACCCCCUGGAGAGGAAGCUCUUUGCCUGGGACAACUUCAACAUGGUCACCUAUGACGUCAGGCUCGCCGCUCUGUGA